UAAGAAGGCCAAAUAGAACUGUCAUCAUAUUUGUAUUCCGGGUUAUAUUAAUAUUUGAGUUUCUAAAAUGGGCGCAGAGCAGUCGGCCGUGUUGGCCUGCACGCAGACGGGAGCACAGGAAGAACCUCUGGAACUGGUUAACUCGGAGCUAUUUUUCCGCCUGUACUUUGAAGAGAUACCGGAGCCUGUCACGGGUCCAGUAACACAAGCCCUUUUACACCUGGUAGAACAUCUGCAAACGUCGAGGGCGACCCUUAAUGCUCAAGAAACUCAAUCCAUCCAAUCGGAAAAUGAUAGCAGUGAAUGCGGCUUUGACUCGGAUUUUAGCGAUAUCAGUGAGGCCAUCUCAACGGAUUAAUACAACAUACCCUUAACCAUCAUUCAUCUCACUAGCAAUUGAACAUUAAUAUAACAUACGAAUUUAUGUACAGAACUAAAA